UGCCUUGAAAAGUUAACAAAGGCUUGAGUCUCAGUUACCCAUGCCAUAAUGGUUGCCUAGUCUCACUGAUUUAUUCAGUCAUUCAGUCAUACAGAAGGGAAGAACACCUUUCGUAAUACAAGAAGUAUCACACAAUGGCGCCUGUUUUGAGAAAGAGACCUUUGAAGCGACCAACGCCUGCUCGAGGCACUCGAAACGUAUACGAGAACUGUUUGGCUUCGGAUCCGUCGACUUUUACCGUCCGGGGUGGCGCUCAUUUUCCCUCGCAGAAUGCUAAUGGGGAAGAUAAUAUUCCUAGAUCGAGUUCACAGCAACAGGGAAAUUCAUAUGGGCGAUAUAUGGCCGAAAUAAACGAAAUUUCCAAUAUCGGCGUGUCGAAUCGUGACGAGAUUAUGAAUGCGCUUGGAGCAAAAACGACCAAGGAGAAAGGCGUUAAGAAAGUUUCGAAGAAGCCUAAAAAAGCUAAAAAGAAGAAGCCGUUGAAGUCUUUGAAAGCAAAGGCCAAAAAGCCGAAAGUUCAGAACAAAUCUACUUAUGCUAAUUUUCCGGAGGAACCCUUUGAACUUCCUGAAAGUAGCAAUAAUAUGGAGCCAAUGCAGCAGGAUAACGUUGGUCAGAUCCAGGAUUCGACGAUCCAGAAUUCGACGAACAAGGAUUCGAUUGGUGUUCCAGAGCAGAGCUCGGAGUCAAAUGAAAAAAAGGGCGGUUUCAUAGGUUUCGUAAAGGGUUUAUUUUAUUAAUUGGUUAGUUUUCAAAUUGUAAAAAUUCAAAAAUUAAUAAUGUUUAAUAACUUGUCGGAAUAAAAGAAAACAAGUAUUUCA